CCCACCGCUAGAUCCGCUGCUGCUGCCUCGGCGGGCCGACCUGCAGGAGGCGGCGGCGGCGGCGGCGGCCGAGGCCGAGGGAAGAUGGCGGACGGUGUGGACCACAUAGACAUUUACGCGGAUGUGGGCGAAGAGUUCAACCAGGAGGCGGAAUAUGGUGGGCAUGAUCAGAUAGAUUUGUAUGAUGAUGUCAUCUCUCCAUCUGCAAAUAAUGGCGAUGCCCCAGAAGAUCGCGACUACAUGGACACUCUUCCACCAACUGUUGGUGAUGAUGUGGGUAAAGGAGCAGCACCAAACGUUGUCUACACUUACACUGGAAAGAGAAUUGCAUUGUAUAUUGGAAAUCUAACAUGGUGGACAACAGAUGAGGACCUAACUGAAGCAGUUCAUUCUUUGGGAGUAAAUGAUAUUUUGGAGAUAAAAUUUUUUGAAAAUCGGGCAAAUGGACAAUCAAAGGGAUUUGCUCUUGUUGGUGUUGGAUCUGAAGCAUCUUCCAAAAAGUUAAUGGAUCUUUUGCCUAAAAGAGAACUUCAUGGUCAGAAUCCUGUUGUAACUCCAUGCAAUAAACAGUUCCUGAGUCAGUUUGAAAUGCAAUCCAGGAAAACCACACAGUCAGGACAGAUGUCUGGGGAAGGGAAAGCUGGUCCUCCAGGAGGCAGUUCACGCGCAGCGUUUCCACAAGGCGCUAGAGGACGGGGCCGCUUUCCAGGGGCUGUUCCUGGUGGGGACAGAUUUCCUGGGCCAGCAGGACCAGGAGGGCCACCUCCACCUUUCCCAGGAAAUUUGAUCAAGCAUCUUGUUAAAGGAACUCGGCCUUUGUUCCUGGAAACUAGGAUUCCAUGGCAUUUGGGGCACAGCAUAGAGGAAAUACCCAUUUUUGGCCUAAAAGCUGGACAAACUCCACCACGUCCACCUUUAGGCCCACCUGGCCCACCUGGCCCACCAGGUCCUCCACCUCCUGGUCAGGUUCUGCCGCCUCCUCUCGCAGGACCUCCUAAUCGAGGAGACCGCCCUCCACCACCAGUUCUUUUUCCUGGACAACCUUUUGGGCAGCCUCCGCUGGGUCCACUUCCUCCUGGGCCUCCACCUCCAGUUCCAGGCUACGGCCCCCCUCCAGGUCCACCGCCUCCACAGCAGGGACCACCUCCACCGCCAGGCCCCUUUCCACCUCGGCCACCAGGUCCACUAGGGCCUCCCCUUACACUCGCUCCUCCUCCACAUCUUCCGGGACCACCUCCAGGUGCCCCGCCACCAGCUCCACAUGUGAAUCCUGCUUUUUUUCCUCCACCAACUAAUAGUGGCAUGCCAACAUCAGAUAGUCGAGGUCCUCCACCAACAGACCCAUAUGGCCGACCUCCCCCAUAUGAUAGGGGUGAUUAUGGUCCACCUGGGAGGGAAAUGGAUACUGCAAGAACACCUCUAAGUGAAGCUGAGUUUGAAGAAAUCAUGAAUAGAAAUCGGGCAAUCUCAAGCAGUGCUAUUUCAAGAGCUGUGUCUGACGCUAGUGCUGGUGAUUAUGGGAGUGCUAUUGAAACAUUAGUAACAGCAAUUUCUUUAAUUAAACAGUCCAAAGUAUCUGCAGAUGACCGUUGCAAAGUUCUUAUUAGCUCUUUGCAAGAUUGCCUUCAUGGAAUUGAGUCCAAGUCCUAUGGGUCUGGAUCAAGAAGACGUGAACGAUCAAGAGAAAGGGACCAUAGUAGAUCACGGGAAAAGAGUCGGCGUCAUAAAUCUCGGAGUAGAGAUCGCCAUGAUGAUUAUUACAGAGAGAGAAGCAGAGAGCGUGAGAGACACCGGGACCGCGACCGGGACCGGGACCGGGAGCGCGACCGAGAGCGCGAGUACCGUCAUCGUUAGAAGUAAAUAUACCUACAUUUUAAGUGGUCCAAGUACUUGUUCUGAUUUAAUCUUCUGGAAACAUCUGAAAACAGGUAAGCCAUCACAGGUAAAAACUUUUGACCUUUUCCCCCUUGACUGUUGUGUUCAUGAGUUAUCCGUGAUUUAGGUUCUUAAAGCAAGAAAAAUAAUCAAGAGGACUCAUUAUGUACUUCUAAAAUUUGAAAAUUGGGAUUCUUGUAAUCACAUACAUUGUUUGCAUGUGAUUUUAAACUAUUUAUAAAAUAUUUAUGUGCUUGGAUUUCUAAAAAUAAAACUUUUAUUCUUCCUUCCUAGAAUUUUUGUCCCUGAAACUUUUAAAGAAAAUCUAAUACUAUAAUAGGUUAUAAUACAAAAAGAUGUUUUUCAGCAGUGAGAUUUUUUUUCCCUUUUAAAAAUUGCUUUUUAGACUAGAAUUGCUAGCAUUUGAUUUUAUUUUUGGACGAACACUAUCUUUUUAAUUUGCAAAGAAGGCAUUAAGUUGGUUUAGUGUUCAUGUCUAAGAACUUAAAAUUGUGCCAAGCCAUACAUCCCAAGUUAGAAAUACUUGGAAAUAAUUUCUUUGAUGUUUCAUUCAUAAGCCAUAAUCAUUGUCUUUUUUUCCUGUAUUUUAAUAUUUUCUUGUGUACAUUUUUCAUAAAUUAGAAUGAGUUGUCUGUUUAUGCUUCAUUUUUACAUGUAAUUUUAUUUUAUAUUUGUGAACAGUGUUUACUCAUGAAGAGUGGGGACAACACUGUGAAUCUUUUGAAUGUGGCAGGUUAUCAAUUCUGUAAACACCUUCGCUCCAUAGAUGAGUUAAAGUAGACUUAACAAAUCCGUUAUAAGUAUACUUACAAGUAAAUAUUUUACAGAAACUUACUGAAAAUCCAUUCAGAAAAUUGUUAAUAUUGUAAUUGGCUUUAUUGUGUAUGUAAUUUUGUGACUAGCAGUUUCUUUAAUCAUCACACACAUGCAGACUCACCCACAUGAUCCCUUUUGAAAAAGAAAAAAAUGUGAAGUAAUUUUUAUGAAAUACAAGUUUCAUAACAGUUUUUGAAGUAAGGAAGUCGAUUUUAAUACUUUGUCUCACAUUUUGAAUAUUAAAACCCUUUUUACUAGUUAUAUUACACCAAAUUUUAAUUCUCAAAAUAUUUCUCUUUUAGUUUUAAAAUUAUAAAAUUGGUACUGUUUGGAUAUAAAAAUUGGAUGUUGUAUCAUAUAAAUCUAAACUAAAUUUUAAAUAGUUUUUUUAUUCAUAGUAAAAAUCCCUGAAUGUACAUUGGGAUAUAAUUAUUACUUGAAAUGUCUAAUUAUCUAUUUUGAUAAGGUAUCAACUUUACAAGUUGUACUUUUGUUUGUUUGUUUAUUAUAUAGUUACCAAAGAGAUUUUAGUGAAGUUGGCUACAUUUUCAGUAAUUCAGUUUGUCCAUCAGGGGCCGCUAAACUAGUUCAUGUGUAGCCUUAAUUAGCAGGUGCUUUUACAGGUCUUCAUAAAAUUAAUCCAGUAAACCAAGUAUGCUUUGUUAACUUUACAUACUUAGAAUUUAUACUCCAGUCAAGAGUAAUCACCUAAAAUAUCAUUUUGAGUUCCAUGUCAUUCAGACGUUAACUACCGUUUCUUGGUAUGCAGUUAUUUUUGCAAUCAGUGAUGUACCAUUCCCCAAAUCCCAUGUUUUGUUUGUACAUUAAUCAGAAUUUAGUUGUAAUAUUGUUAUGUGCCUUCAUCCAAGCAAAAUUUUACAAAAGCUUUUAUAGUAGGGGGAAAAAAAAAGAAUAUGUUUCCCUGGAUUAUUGUACCUUUGCUUAUACCAAACGAUAUUCAUUGUGGAAGCAGAUUGAGUAAGGGGUUGCGGGUGGGCUUAAAUGCAUAUUCAAGUGCAAACCUAUUUGCAAAUUUUAUUAUUAUAAGGUCUGUUGACCUCUUUAGAAGUUUUAAAAUAUGAGUCCUUUUGAACAUCCUUGUAAAUUUUAAAUGGAAUAAAUGGAAUAAGAAGUAUUUCACCAAUAAAGUAAAUGUCAGUCUCUGUAUAAGUCAACACUGUAAUAUGCUGUCCAGUGAAGAUGGCGGUGAGACAGGUUUGGGAAGGGCGAUGUUGACAGCUGUUAAUGUCUGUCCCAUCCUAAGUUUUUUUGUGUUUAAACUGUUGAGUAAUGUUAAUUGCAUUCUCAUUUGAAAAUGUAUUAUUUUUCUAAAAGUUUUCCAUAUCUGAGUUCAAAUAGGUAAUAAUACUUUAAUGAGAAAAAUAACAGCUUUGUAAAUUUCAGUGUAUAAAUGCAUUGUGCUUCAUAUUCUGUAAUUUUUCCUCUAUUCUCAGACCACUCUGAGCAAAAUAAAAGGUGUAAGGUUUGUUCUCACAGGAAUAAUGUUACUGUGCAGUUGCCGCUGUCCUCUUUUCCUUGUUUUGUUGCUCUGACUUGUUUAGAGUAGCCCUACUCAGCAGUGUAUGGUAACUGAGGUCUCUGUCCUGAAAAAACAGAUGGAAGCAAAUUCUUUUUCUAGAUGCUUUUUAUUGAGGCUUUUCUUCCUAAUUUAUGAGAUUCUCAUGCUCUCAAAUGAUUACCUUUUUACCCCUAAGUACUGUGUUUGGAAUCUGGGUUUUAUAACUGUUAAGCAUAUGGCUGUGUGAUUACUUCUGGCAUAAAUGUCAUGAACUUGGAUUUAAUUACUGCACAGGAUUUAUACUGCUUUGUGUUUUUUAUCCAGAUUAUUAUAGCUUGUGUUAAUUUGGGGAAAAGCCCAAAGGAACUAAUUUCUUUUAUAUUAAGAUGUUCCAUCUCGUUAGGAGUGUUAUGUUGAGGUUUCUGUGAAAAUUAAAUUCUUUUUCAUUGCCUGGUGAAUGAUAACUGACUGUUAACGAGAUUUCAGAAUUACUUCUCUAAGUCUUAGACGACGUGUUGUUACCUGCCUAGUUUUCCCAGUGUUAUUUGCUUGUGUUUUUCCAUUUAUCUCAACUGCUCCACUUCAUCUUGCUGUGCUGGCUCUCAUUUCUUUUCUGAUUUCUCAUAUUUUUAGUAUGUGUAAAAUCUGACUGUCCACUGUUUUAUUUGAAGUGACAAGAGAGGGUAGAGAGUGGCCCCUUGGAUGAUGUAGAGUGUGUUUUGCUCACCGUGGUUUAAGAAUAUAGUUUUGUUUAUAAAUAAUUGAUGUUCUCUGUCUUAAAGAAAAGUUCAGUGCCAAUGUGAGUCACCUGAUCCCUCACCUUCAUCUCAGUGUGAUAUUUUUGCCAUUGUUUAGUUUGUAUCUUGGAUUGUUUUGAAUACAUAAUGUUUUAAAUGAAUUCAGUUAGCAUUGUUUAAAGAAAACCUACUAACCAGAAAGAGAAGAGUGACAUUCAUGUUCUGUAAAUUUAUACUUUUGCAUUCUGUAGUUAGCAAGUUCUAACUCUUGACAGUGUGUAAAUUUUAAAUAACAACCAGCUUAUUUUGAAAUGUCCGUAUUUUUUGAGUUUACUUUCUUUGGUACAAGGUUUUUUUCAUUUUCUUUUUUGUAAUGCAGUUUACUUCUGUGUAGUCAAUUGCAUAGAACACUUCAUUGUGUAUUUUGUACAGUAAAAUAAUUGAUAAUAAUUAAUAAAUAAUAAAAUGAUUUAGUUGAAGUGGGGUAAGUAUGAUGUUCAGAGAAAAACAGCAGAAUAUAAACUCAGUAGCUAUGAGCUUUUUGUGAACAUCAGUAAUAAAUGGAACUGUUUUUUAUGUACUGUGUUCUAGUCAAUAGAUGAAGGAACUCAGGAAGAGUUAAUAUGUUUAGAUGCUUCUGUUGCCUACCUCAUCCUCAUUCCCCAUUAAGGAGAAAUUUUCAGAUAUAGAAGGGUAGAUUUUAUUAAUUUAAAAACAUUGCAUUUCUAAAAUUAUGUGAGGGUCCUUUUCAGCACAUUAAUAUGAAAACCUGUAAGAGCUGGGUGUGAUAGUGUAUACCUGUGACCUUAAUACCUAAAGAGACUCAUGUAGGAGGAUGCUUGUGAGCUCCAGGCCAGCCUGGUUUAUAUGUGGAGUUUCAUGCUACCUGGCUUCUGCUCUAAAACCAUGUUUCGGAAGUAAGAACAAACACUCAAUAUAAAAACCUAUGAGAUUCUUAUCAAAUAAGUAUUCAAAUGUUUUACUUAAAAGGUUAGUUUACCAUGAGUUUUAAAAUACAAACAAUACCAAGAUUGCAUAUAUAAUUAAACACUCAAUUCAUAACUGUUUGUUAGUAUAUUAUCUCUAAAUGUAGGCAUUUCAAUCUUUUGAAACUUUACUGCUUGCUUUAGCUUGCAGAUUUUCAGGCUAGUUUCAUUGUGUUAGUUCAUUACAGCUGUUUACAUAGGUUCCUUUUCAUAGCUGACAGGUAAAGCAAGUAACUGUGACAUACAGAUUUGACCAAAUGCGAUUUUGAACAUAAGGGCAUUGAAUGUACUUGUUACUUUUAAGACUUUUGGAAUCUUUGUUUAUGUGGAUGUCUACUUAGACGUUUGAGUCUAUAAUAUGGAAUUGGAUUAUUGGAAAUGGGUUGUAUUGACUUCAAAUUUUGCUUCCAUUUGAGAUUGUAAAAUUUGUGUUUAUGUAAAGUGUUUAGAACUAGAAAUAAAAGUUUCUAAACUAUUCCCUAAAUUUUAUGUCUGUAUGGUAAAAUUCGAAGAUUUAUCAAUUAGUAAAUUCCUAUCUAUAACAUAAUGAAGCAAAAGAUGAGUACAUUGGUUCUGUGUAAACGUGUUUUAUGACCUCACAAACAGGAUUUCCUGUAUAUAAGUAGUAAGUUUCCAUUGGGGUCAUGGUAAUAUACACCCUAUGGCUUUUUGAAAGAUUGAUUUUUUUUUUUUAAUUUUUCCGUACUGUGACUUUAAGUAAUUUUUCUCUCAGUAACUUGUUCUUCAUUUUUUAUAACACAGUAGGGGAGAUAGCAUUUCUUUUCUAGUAGGAUUUAUGAAUUUUCCACAAUUUUUUUUUUUUUUUUUUUUUUUUUU